AUGUUUAUAAAUACUACACAUACUCCAGACAAAAAAAAUUCUUAUCUUAAUAAAUUUAAUAAGAAGAGAAUUUAAACAACAGAUAAAGAAAACAAGUAAAUCUAAUCAUUACUAUUUAAGAGUUUAGAAUCUAAGCAAUUUGAGUACAAAUGAUGAUUGCAAAUCUUAUUGUGAUAGUGUUGAUUAUUUUCGACAUGAAAAUCAAGAACUUAAGAAACUAGUUUUUUAAUUGAAAUUUGAAAUGUAAUGUGCAUAAUAAUAAUAUUUUAGGAAAUCUUAAUUAGAAUCAUGUUUGAUUGAGUAAAAACAUAAUUUAAAAUCUGUUGUUUAAAAAUAUAAAUCAUUUAUUGAUGAGAUGACAACACAGAAAAAUUAAGUAAGUUCAGAGUGCGAUAAUUGGAAAUAGAAAUACGAAUAACAAUAAUAAAUAAUUGAAUAAUAAAGAUUAUAAAUUUAUAAUCAAUCUUAAAUUAUACAAUAGAAUUUAUCGACAAUCCAAAAUAUUUAACAAGAAUAUCAAUAAGAGUUAAUUUAGAACUAAAUGGAUGUUCAAUAAAUAAUGUAUUUAAAAGAUUAAACCAUUUAUGAAUUACAAUAAAUUAUUUAAUAACAAAAUUAAUAAUAAUAAUGA